AUGCAGAGCUCCAGAUCAUAUCUGUUCCAGGUGUGUUUGUGUCUGGUGGCUUCUAUUUGCUCCUGCACCUGUAAACCUCUCAAUAAUGACAUCCAGAGUGAGCACCACGAGAGACUCUACUCUCAGCUGUUAGAGGAGGAUCUACUGGAGGAGGAAGACACAAACUCCAAGACGGAGAACCUCCUGGGAAACAUGAAGGAGGUUUUUCUGAGGAAACUCAACCUGUCGGAUGUUCCUCAGGAGAACAGUAAGAUCUACCCCUCUCAGUUCAUGAUGGAGCUCUACAACAAGUACGCCUCGGACAGCUCGGCAAACCCUCAGUCUGAUGUCAUACGAAGCUUCACUGUCCAAGAUAUCCCUGUCUCUGUGACGAAUGGCACAAAGUCAAAGUACAGGCUGCAGUUCAACAUCAGCAUCCCCAACCAUGAAAAGAUCACUAAUGCUGAACUACAGCUCUUCUUCUUCCCAGAUCCCAGGUCAACGGUCAGCUUCCACAAUUUCAAGUCCACCAUUAAAGUCUAUGAAGUGGAUUACAACAAUUUCACAUCCACCACCCAACUGCUGGUUGGCAAAGAGGUGACAGGCUCGGAGCGCACGUGGGAGACGUUUGAUGUGACCACAGCUAUUCAGAGCUGGAUCAAGUCGGGCCAUGCAGCGACUGUUUUUGAUGUAGCAGUGGAUAGGAAGGACUGUGGGGCCUUUAAAAGUGGAGAAGAAGGAGCAGGCUGUUUGAAUAUGAGCGUGUCUUUUGGAGAUAACACUUCAGCGGCUUUAAUAGUCUUCUCAGAUGACCCGGGUAGCAGGAGGAGGGAGACAAAGAAGGAAUUAAGAGAGAUGAUCCUCCACGAAGAAGAAACCAUCUUACACUCGGGCGCCGACUGGAACAGAGGAGAUCAGCUUCCAAACGAGAUCCCGGAGGCUCAGCAUCCACGGAGAAAGAAAAGGGAGGCAGAGAGGCAACGCUGCCAGCGGACCUCUCUAAAAGUCAACUUUAAAGAGAUCGGAUGGGACAGCUGGAUCGUGGCGCCUCCAGAAUAUGACGCCUUCGAAUGUCGAGGCCUGUGUUACUACCCGCUGACGGACGAAAUGACCCCGUCAAAACACGCAAUCAUCCAGACGCUGCUCAACAUCAGGAACUCCAAGGCGGCCAAUAUGGCCUGCUGCGUCCCCAUUAAACUGGACCCCAUCACAGUCAUGUACAAGGAGAAUGGACGCAUCACUAUAAGAUACCUUUAUGAAGAGAUGAAGGUGGCAGAGUGUGGCUGCAGGUAG